CUUUUAUUGCUGUAGUUUAUUUCCACCCCCCUUCCCUCCUGUUCUCUCUCUCCCUCUCUCUUUCUUUUUUUCCGCCCUAGCUGGGGCUGUGUUGGAGGAGAGGAAGAAAGAGCAACAGAGGAUUGUAUUUGUCCCUUACGUUCCUGAAAAUUGCUACCAGCAAGACCACCUAAACGGUUGUACCUUCUUCAAUUCUGCAAAAAGUACCAAGUCCACUUCCCAGCAAUUUUUGCUUUAAAGCAGCCCUUUUGAAAUUAAUUUUUUUCCAGGAGAGAGAUGUCUUAUCAGGGGAAGAAAAAUAUUCCACGCAUCACGAGUGAUCGACUUCUGAUCAAAGGAGGUAAAAUUGUUAAUGAUGAUCAGUCGUUCUAUGCAGACAUAUACAUGGAAGAUGGGUUGAUCAAGCAAAUAGGAGAAAACCUGAUCGUGCCAGGAGGGGUGAAGACCAUCGAAGCACAUUCCAGAAUGGUGAUCCCUGGAGGAAUUGAUGUCCACACUCGUUUCCAGAUGCCUGACCAGGGAAUGACGUCUGCUGAUGACUUCUUCCAGGGCACCAAGGCGGCCCUGGCCGGGGGAACCACCAUGAUCAUUGACCAUGUUGUCCCUGAGCCUGGGACGAGCCUGCUGGCUGCCUUCGACCAGUGGAGGGAGUGGGCGGACAGCAAGUCCUGCUGUGACUACUCUCUGCAUGUGGACAUCACCGAGUGGCAUAAGGGCAUCCAGGAGGAGAUGGAGGCGCUGGUGAAGGACCACGGGGUCAACUCCUUCCUCGUGUACAUGGCUUUCAAAGAUCGCUUCCAGCUAACAGAUUCCCAGAUAUAUGAAGUUCUUAGUGUGAUCCGGGAUAUUGGUGCCAUAGCCCAGGUUCACGCGGAAAAUGGUGACAUCAUUGCAGAGGAACAGCAGAGGAUCCUGGAUCUGGGCAUCACGGGCCCUGAGGGACACGUGCUGAGCCGGCCUGAGGAGGUCGAGGCGGAAGCCGUGAAUCGAUCCAUCACCAUCGGCAACCAGACCAACUGCCCUCUGUACAUCACCAAGGUGAUGAGCAAGAGCGCGGCUGAAGUCAUUGCGCAGGCCCGGAAGAAGGGAACCGUGGUAUACGGCGAGCCCAUCACCGCCAGCUUGGGCACGGACGGCUCCCACUACUGGAGCAAGAACUGGGCCAAGGCUGCAGCCUUCGUCACCUCCCCGCCCCUGAGCCCGGAUCCAACCACUCCAGACUUCCUCAACUCCCUGCUCUCCUGUGGAGACCUCCAGGUCACUGGCAGUGCCCACUGCACUUUCAACACUGCCCAGAAGGCCGUAGGAAAGGACAACUUCACCCUGAUUCCCGAGGGCACCAAUGGCACGGAGGAGCGCAUGUCUGUCAUCUGGGACAAGGCUGUGGUCACUGGGAAGAUGGACGAGAACCAGUUUGUGGCCGUGACCAGCACCAAUGCAGCCAAAGUCUUCAACCUUUACCCCCGGAAAGGCCGCAUUGCUGUGGGAUCUGAUGCUGACCUGGUCAUCUGGGACCCCGACAGCGUGAAAACCAUCUCUGCCAAGACACAUAACAGCGCUCUGGAGUACAACAUCUUUGAAGGCAUGGAGUGUCGUGGCUCUCCCCUGGUGGUCAUCAGCCAGGGGAAGAUUGUCCUAGAGGACGGCACUCUCCACGUCACCGAGGGCUCUGGGCGCUACGUCCCCCGGAAGCCCUUCCCUGACUUUGUUUACAAGCGCAUCAAAGCAAGGAGCAGGCUGGCAGAGUUAAGAGGGGUUCCUCGUGGCCUGUAUGACGGACCUGUGUGCGAGGUGUCCGUGACGCCCAAGACGGUCACUCCAGCCUCCUCAGCCAAGACGUCUCCCGCCAAGCAGCAGGCCCCGCCUGUCCGCAACCUGCACCAGUCUGGAUUCAGCUUGUCCGGCGCUCAGAUCGACGACAACAUCCCCCGCCGCACCACCCAGCGCAUUGUGGCGCCCCCUGGUGGCCGUGCCAAUAUCACCAGCCUGGGCUAGAGCUGCGUCCUGCAGUCCACUUGGGGAUGGGGAUGGGACACCUGAGGACAUUCUGAGACUUCCUUCCUCUUCCUCCUCCUCUUCCUUCUUCUUCUUCCUUUUUUUUUUUUUUUUUUUAAGAGCCUGUGAUAGUUGCUGUGGGCAGCCAGUUCAUGGGGCUCCUCCUGGGCCCUGCACUCGGUCUCUCACCUGGAGUUACGAAUUUGCUCACCCACUUCCCUGUACAUCCACGAGUACCACACCCAAGCCUAGCCACCUGUCCCCACACGGAGCUGCACCCAACACUCAACAUGCUACAAAGCUGACGCCAGUGAGGGCGCCCUCCACCACGCCCCUCCUGUGCUCAUUAGCAUCUUCCUUUUCGUGGGGGGAGAUACAGUGAAUUGCCCAGAGCUGCCUUUUUUCUUUUCUUUUUAAAAUUUUUUUAAAAAAAGGUUUUCUUUGUGGGGCUGGGGAGGGGUUGGGGUGGGCUAGAGUUUUUUUUUUAAAAUACUAAAUUGGAAAGUUUGAUUCAAUAUUAACACACGGGGUUUGAACUGGACAUCCUAAUGAUGCAAUUAUGUAACCAUCAUGCUGACUCAGGGUGGCUGGCAGACUCGCUUUGUCCCUCCUGAGAGGCUCCAAAGUGUCCACAUCGCCAUUCUGUAGUGUUCUGGGUCAACUGUUGAGAAAGGGCAAGUUUUCUCUUUUGGCCUAGAUUUUGCGGCAGAUUAGAUCUUUUGAGGAUUCUCUUUGCCAUUUUCCUGCUCUCUCUCCCUCUCUCUCUCUCUCUCUCUCUCUCUCUCUCUCUCUCUCUCUCUGUCAGUCAUGGGUACCUUCAGAUGCCUGGCUCUUUCUUCAUGUUCCUCUAGCCCUUGUCUCUGAGAUGGUAUUUUCCUCUCCUUCCCUGUUGUCUUUUACCGAGGCCAGGACCUGUCCAGCAGGACUUGAGCUUUGCCCUUGUGACCACAGUAGCAUGUCAUCCUGGUCCCUGGAAGAGUGGUGCUACCCGCCUGCCAGUACGAGGAGGUGUGUCUGACUUGGAGACUCUUGCCAGGUGCAGGGACGAGCUGGGCUCCCACCACGCUGUCAAGGGCGGGCCCAGCAUGGAGCCACACAGAGCAGAGCCAUUGAGGAAACAGACUGCAGAGUAGGAGGAUUUUUUUUCCCCUGGGAAGUAUGUUUUGGGUUUCCAGAACAUACUGGGGCUUUUCACUUUGGGAGAAAACACCAUUUUUUUUUUUUUCCUGGCCCAAUGAUUUCAAAAGAUGUAAUGCAACAUAGGGAGAACUUACCAACUCAGAAAAUUUCUUGCAACUUGGACUUAAAGACCUUUUCACUCUGAAAGAGGAAAGAAAAAUGUUGUAUGGUCUGUAUGUCACAUCGGGGCUGUUAUGGGGAGAAACCUUUCAGAUCCAGCAUGUGGCCCACUUAGACCACCGUGGCCUCGUGUCUCGCACUCCUCCCUCCCCUUGGCUCAGAGACCCCCUUCACUAGCUGGCUGCUUUCUGUCCCUGCUGACUCGUGUUGCUUCUUUCCAAACCUGCUUCCAGGUCCUUGUAAGCAGUGUCAGGUCUGCAGGCUUCUAUGAAACCAAAUCCGCUUUCGUCAAGUGCGACAUCUUAACGUAGGUCAUCACGUCAUGACACUUGUCUCUCCACACGUUUUGCCUUCGGGGUUAUGGUCGGGGUUUUGGUUUGUUGUUGUUGUUGUUUAUUUGUUAUUUUAAAGGUAAAUUGCACUUUUGAAAAAUUAAUUGGUUGACUUAAUAUAUUUGUUUUUUUUUUUUUUUUCCUUUCUCACCUUCACUUAGAGGAAAUUUGAACAAGUUGGAAAACAUUUUUGUUUCAAUUCUAAGAAACACAUGCAGCUCUUCAGUAUUCACUUGUCUUCCUGUUUUUCCUGUACCAGGUCAUGGUAAUUUUGGUUGUUCUGAUUGUUUUCUUAAAAAAACAAAAACAAAAAAACAGUUUAAAACCUGAAGAAUUCCGCAGGCUGUGUAAGCAUGUUUACCUGUUGGCUUGCUUUGUGUGUCUGUUCAAUGAAUGUCAUAUGUAAAUGCUAAAAUAAAUUGACAGUGUCUCAGAACUGAAUAACUGCAGUGACUUGAUGCUCUAAACAGUGUAGGACUUAAUAAUAGAUGGUUUUUAAUCCUUACGAUUGUGAUUGUGACCCCUGAGUGGAGGACCUUUCAGUGCUAAAGCUGAUGAUGUGCGUAAUCAGAAGAGUACUUUUGUUUUUGUUUGUUUUAUUUUUGUUUUUUUUUUUUUUUUUUUGUAACCACUGUCUUAAUGGCAAAAUAAUUAUGGUAAAAGACAAGUCUCGUGUUUAUUAUUCCUUAAGAACUCUGUGUUAUAUUACCAUGGAACACCUAAUAAAGCAAAAUGUGGUUGUUUCAGG